AUAGCAGCGCAAAAUGGCCACGUUGCGAUGAUGGAUCGAUUGAUGGAACUCGGGGUUGAUCCAAAGAAGAGAUCGAAUGACGGCUGGACUGCUCUUCACCAGGCAGCACUUAAGGGACAUUUGGCGAUGGUGGAUCGACUGGUGGAACUCGGGGUUGAUCCAAAAGAGAGAUCGAAUAACGGCUGGACUCCUCUUCACGUGGCAGCAGAGAAUGGCCAUGUUGCGAUGGUGGAUCGACUGGUGGACCUU